UAACAACCUCAUGGGAUGUGAAGAUUCUGAAAUGCACCUCAACAACACAUCAAAAGCAAUCAGGGCGCAGUUUCAAAGCCGGCGCAUCCCAAGUCCGAUGAGAGGAGGGCCAUCUGUGCGCAACCAGAUAAAUCAUCGACGCCAUCACACUCUUUCUGGAUUUACGUGUCAUGGCAAAACAAGGCUCUAUAUUUCUUCGCUUUCGAAAUUUCGAUGCAUAUGCAAAAACGUUGGAUGACUUUCGAGUAAAGACGACUACUGGCGCAUUGGUCACCACAAUCAGUGCUUUAAUUAUUGGCUUCUUGAUGUUGUCUGAAUUCUUCGCUUAUCGGACACCCACGUGGCAAACAGAGCUGGUGGUAGACAAAAGCAGGAAGGAAAAGUUGCCGAUCCACUUCAACAUCACGUUCCCAAAGAUGCCUUGUCAUAUGUUGACCUUGGACGUAAUGGACGAUGCAGGCGCACAUAUAAGCGGAUAUACCCAUAACGUGUUCAAGGUGCGACUAGAUCUAGCAGGGCAGCAAAUCCAGAUUGAAAAAGCUCACAAAUUAGGUGAUCUCAGUAGCGGCGCCGAUUUGGCGUUGCAAGAAGAGCCGAGUUGCGGAAGUUGUUAUGGAGCCAAAUCUAUCCGCGAAGAUGGCUGUUGCAAUACCUGCGCAGAAGUCCGCGAAGCUUACGUGCGGAUGGGAUGGGGCUUUGGGGAUCCCGAACAGAUCGAUCAAUGUUUGAGAGAAGGAUGGCGAGAGAAGAUUGAGAACCAGUCGAAUGAAGGAUGCAACAUUCACGGAGAACUUUUAGUGAACAAAGUUCGAGGCAAUUUCCAUAUUGCUCCAGGACAAUCGUUUAGACACUCACAUAUGCAUAUUCACGAUCUCAAUCAGUAUAUGAAGGGCACUUUGAAUGGCCACACCUUUGAUAUGUCUCAUACUAUUCAUUCUCUCAAGUUCGGUCCCGAUGGACCUGACGCUGAUACUGCCGCUGCCCUCACGGUACAGAAUCCACUCGCCGGUGUAGUAAAGCAAACUACAGAAGCCCGUAUUGUAUACCAGUAUUUCCUGAAAAUUGUGUCAACCAAAUUGCAGCCGAUUGAAGGAUCCCCGAUAUACACGAAUCAGUAUUCUUUUACGCAAAAUGAACGAACCCUUGCGCCUGAGGUAGCAGGAUUGCCAGGCGUUUUCUUUAACAUGGAUAUCUCGCCUAUGUUAAUCAUAUACCAAGAAGUACAAUCUACUUUCACCAGUUUCCUUACAGGUGCGCUGGCGAUUAUCGGGGGCAUUUUCACUGUGGCUGGGCUAAUAGACCGCGUGAUGUAUCGAGCUGAGCGAACUUUCAGAAAGAAAGUCGGAUUGGGCAAGACUUUGUAACAAUGCAUUUAAUAAACACAGUCAAUCUAUGUAAAUGACGGAAGUAAUAUCGAAUAUGCUUAGCACGAAGAUAUCACGCUAUAUAAAGCAGUGGAGACAAAACAAGUUAGAAACUGAUAAUGGAGGAUCAUUCAU